AUGCCAGAGGAUGAACCUUUCCCUUGGGACAUUGGUGUCUACGAUGCCCACUGUCACCCCACCGAUACAUUGGCCUCAGUGGCCGACAUCCCGCAGAUGAAAGCAAGAACAUUGACAAUCAUGGCCACUCGCGGGGAAGAUCAGGAUCUCGUACAACAAACAGCCAUGUCACUAUCAGCCAAAACAAGCCAACCAACAGACCGCGUAGUCCCCUGCUUCGGCUGGCACCCGUGGUUCUCGCACCAGAUACUGGACGACACUACACAAACAACAGCACAAAACCCAGCCGAGCACAAGUUUGCCCACUAUACAGCAGUCCUAUCACCAUCUCCAGCUGAUGACCAGCAAUUUAUUGAUUUCCUUCCUGUUCCCAAGCCCCUCACAGAACUAAUAUCUGAAACUCGGACCCGACUCCAACAGUUCCCCAAUGCCCUUAUCGGCGAAGUCGGCUUGGAUAGGUCAUUUCGACUCCCGACCCCAUGGACGGCAACCGAGAUCGAUAGCAGAGAUGAUCAGCUUACUCCCGGCUCACGUGAAGGCCGGCGUCUCUCAAACUACCGCGUCAAGCCGGAACACCAGCGCACUGUGCUAAAAGCGCAGCUACGGUUAGCGGGAGAAAUGAAUCGUGCCGUCUCGCUGCACAGCGUGCAAGCUCAUGGUGGGGUCUUCGAGGUGCUUAAGGAGCUUUGGGCAGGACACGAGCGGGUUGUGCUAUCGCGGCGGAAGAGGGAGAGGCAGCAGGAUGCAGAAGGCGCCGUAUCUGACGACGAAGACGAAAAUAAGACACCAGGCGAAUCGUACCCGCCAUUUCCGCCUCGCAUCUGCAUGCACUCUUAUAGCGGUUCGGUUGAGCCCAUUCGCCAGUUACUGCACCGCUCGAAUCCGUCCGAUGUCUAUUUCUCUUUCUCAAAGCCUAUCAAUUUCUCCGGUUCCACCGAAAAGAAGGUUAUCGAUGUUAUAAAGGCUCUGCCCGAGGACCGAAUUCUUAUUGAAAGUGAUCUCCAUGUUGCAGGUGCGCAGAUGGACGAGUCGCUGGAAGCUGUGGGACGACAGGUUUGUCUGAUACGUGGGUGGGAGUUACGACAUGGUGUCCAGGUGCUUGCGGAUAAUUGGCGGCGCUUUGUGUUUGGCUAG